GAACUGAUGAUUCCACUUGUACUCCUGGACUCUGGUUGACACCAAACAAUAAACUGCAUCCUCGUUUCACAAGUAACUGGGGUUGGAGUGUUGGGAUUGAUGAGAUUGUUGCUACUGAGCUUUCAUUGAAUAAAUGGUACCAUAUAAGUUACACCCUUUCUGAUUCUGAAAAGAGAUUAGACUUCUACAUAGAUGGUUUAUGGGUCGGAUUCUAUAGCCUCCAAAAUGUUCAAACACAAAAGGUUCUAUUCAAUACUGAACAACUGCUAAUUGGAUAUAAUCUUACUGCUGAAAUUAGGAAUUUUCGGUAUUUUAACUGGCGUCUUACUGCUGAAGAAGUGGGGGAAAACAUUUUGGUAGGAUACUUUUAG